GAAGCUGUGUUGACUUUUGACUUAAAUAUCAGGCAAUCAUAACUAAGUAAACUAUAGUAUUCCGCUCAGUUGUUUUUUAAACUCCAAUUGACAAACUCCAAACAAUGAAGGUCGUGAUAACUGGUGCUGCCGGCUUUUUGGGGUCCCGAGUGGCUGACGCGCUGCUAAAACUUGAUUCUCCAAUACCCGUAAAGAAACUUAUCCUAGUUGACGCGAUACUACCGCCGAAGCGCAAUGAUCCAAGAGUCAAUGUUGUUGCUGUUGACUUAACAUCACCUGAAGCUGCUCUCAACCUCGUUGAACCUGACUGUGAUGUGUUCUUCCACCUAGCAGCCAUCGUCAGCGGCCAUGCCGAAGCAGACUUCAAUCUCGGAAUGGCCGUCAACUUCGACGCUACUAGAUCGCUCCUCGAGGUAGCUAGGAAGAAAGUGCCUGCACUAAAAUUCGUUUUUACCAGUUCCUGUGGCGUUUUCGGAGGAAAUCUUCCCAAAAUUGUGACUGAUAUGACAGCCUGUCAUCCUCAAACCUCAUAUGGUGUGCAAAAAGCUAUGUGUGAACUACUGAUACAAGAUUAUUCAAGAAAAGGUUUCCUAGAUGGACGUUUCGUGAGAUUGCCAACGAUUUGUAUAAGGCCUGGUGCUGCUAACAAAGCUAUGACUUCUUUUGUCAGCGGAAUAGUCAGGGAACCUUUGAAUGGUCAAGUUGCUAUUUGUCCUGUAGAUAGAGAGCAAAAAGUUUGGAUAUCAAGUCCUAGUAUGGUUGUGAAGAAUAUAAUCCAUGCUGCUCUUGUUCCUGCAAAUUCUUUGGGUUUAUGGAGGGGGAUCAACAUUCCUGGAUUUUGCGUAUCUGUCGACGAGAUUUUGACAGCUCUGAGGAAGGUGGCCGGAGAAAAGGUAGUGUCUUUAGUAAGGUUUGAGAAAGACGCGGAAAUCAGACGGAUGUUGGAAUCUCUCCCCCUUAACUUCGACAACUCACAUGCCCUUAAACUUGGGUUUGGAGUGGACACUGAUUUCACUGAUGUCAUCAAUUCGUACAUUCGAGAUGAAUUGAAACAGAAAUAAUUUAAAAAAAAAACGUGCAUGUUUGGCAGGUAUUGAAAAUUAUAUAAUUACUUAUUUAUUUAAAGUAUAAAUAAACAUAUUUAACUUAUAAAAAUGUAUGUUGUAAUAUAUGACCUUGAUACUGAUUUAUAUUAUAUCGGUAUUAAUCGCAAUGUAUUUAUAUUUAUUAAUUAUUUAUUACAUAAUAUAUAAAGAUUUCGACAUGUCUGCAACAUUAUU